AUGCGGGACUACGGUCGCAUCAGAGACCUGUGUCGGACCAGAGAGCUCCUGGCCGCGGCCCCCAUCCACCUGUUUGCGGUUAACCACCGUACCCUCACUCAGUGGCACAACCGGAGAAGCAAACAGGACAGCGUCCAAGCGAUGUGCGUGGCGAUCCCGGGGCCCAGCAGCAGAUCGACGGCUGCCGAAGCGCUGGCAGAGGCCAAGCCCUUGCUGGAUCAGCAGCCGCGGGGGGAGGCGGCGUUUGGGCACCCAAUGGAGACAGGCGGUACGGCGGUGACUCACAGGGGUCCCAUCCUGCCCGAUCUUUUCCAGGCGCUGCCCACGCCCGAAGGUGAGCAGCGCUCCACCCCUUCGCCCUCCGCCAGUCCCGGAGCCUCCACUUCGGCGCCCGCCACCUCCUCCGGCUCCACUCCGCCGUCAGGCAAGGGGGGCCAGAAUGUCGCGACCCGGGCGAGGCUGCCCAAGAGCGGACCCGCACCACUGCGUCGUUUGCUUCCCGCACCCCCCGACGACAGCCCCCCUGCCCCGACGACCAAGGGAGAUGAGGUCAGCAUUCCAUCAUCUGCCGCAAGUGCCCAACCAGACAUGCCGUCCCUGGAGCAGCAAGAGGUCAGCAUUCCAUCAUCUGCCGCAAGUGCCCAACCAGACAUGCCGUCCCUGGAGCAGCAAGAGGUCAGCAUUCCAUCAUCUGCCGCAAGUGCCCAACCAGACAUGCCGUCCAUGGAGCAGCAAGAGGUCAGCAUUCCAUCAUCUGCCGCAAGUGCCCCCACAAUUUGCGUGGAGUGCCGAGGAAAGUGCGAUACGUGCGGUGGCCUGAUAGCUUACAGGAGGACGAGGAGGAGGAACCGUGCCAGCGGCGAGCCCCGGCCCGGCGGCAGCGGUGAUGCGCCCGGGCCUGCGAGGUGUACCGUUCACAGGAGGAAAACCAGAGCUCUGCGGGACCAGCAGCUGCUCGAUGCCAACGAGCAAUACACGUGGGGCAGCAAACCCGGGGAGGACUGCGUGCUGUGUGGCCAGCCUCGGACUUUGGCGGGGGGGCAUGCCUUUUACAAAGGCAGCUAUUUCUGCCAAAUGAACGAGCACAGCAGCGUUUCGGUAACGGCAUGGCUGCAACAGCAGUCGUCUGCGAUGCCGCAACAACCUCCCUGUACCACCGCGUGGCGGCAACGCAAAGGCGGGACCUCAGAGCAACAGCAGGAAGCAGCCCGCAAAAUCAGAACGUGCGGAAAGUGUGGCCUCCCACAACAGGCGGUCUAUGGUCACAGUUCUUUUAUGACCAAAGUGCCCAACAGGUCUCUCCUUACGUUCUGCACGCUCCAUGAAGGAAAACCGUUGGCCCUGUGGCUGGCGGAGAUGCGAGCGAGGGAAAACGACCUCACGCGACCUCAGCAGCAACUUUCUGUUGACCUCACGCAACCUCACCCCCAGCAGCAACUGGCUGUUGCUGCUGCUGCUGCUACGCAAGACACCAAAUCUCCUCAGCAGCAACAGCAAGUUGCUGCUGCUACGCAAGACACCAAAUCUCCUUAA